UAAAAUUAAAUAAAUAAAUGAAUAAAAAAGAAGGAUAUUUUUCCGUUAUGUUUCUCUCUCAUCUUCAUUUCGCCAAAGCUAAACCAACUAUCAUUUUCGAUUUCGAUUAUCAAAACCAGACCAAAAUCUUUUUAGGGUUUACUUCUUUUACUGUACACAACCACACUGCAAUAGAGGUUGAUUGAUUGAUUAUUUGAUUGCUGAAGCUGAUGAUGGCGACCACAACCAUGGAAGGAGCCAGCAAUGGAGGGAUCUUGUACCACGAGGUACAAGAGUCCAAGCUAUGCGCUGUACAUUGCGUGAACACGGUUUUACAAGGCCCUUUCUUCUCUGAAUUCGAUUUGGCCGCACUCGCUUCUGAUCUCGAUCUCAAGGAACGCCAGAUGAUGAUCCAAGGUGCUGCUGCUAGCUCCGGAGAUUUCUUCUCUGAAGAGUCACAUAACGUCUCUUUGGACGGUGAUUUCAGUAUUCAGGUUCUAGAAAAGGCUUUGGAGGUUUGGGAUCUCCAAGUCAUACCCCUUCAUUCUCCAGUUGCUGAGCCUGCUCAGAUCGACCCUGAACUCGAAAAUGCAUUCAUUUGUCAUUUGCACGACCAUUGGUUCUGUAUAAGAAAAGUCAACGGAGAGUGGUACAAUUUUGACAGUUUGUAUGCGGCCCCAAUGCACCUCUCCAAGUUUUACCUCUCAGCUUAUUUAGACACUUUGAAAGGCGCCGGUUGGAGCAUUUUUCUGGUUAGAGGAAAUUUUCCAAAGGAGUGCCCCAUUUCAGCUUCCGAAGCUUCUAAUGGUUAUGGCCAGUGGCUUUCACCAGAAGAUGCAGAGAGAAUAACGAAAUCCUUGGGCUCCUCUACUCAGGCGCCAUCUGAGAAGCCAAGUUUGAAUCAACAAUCAUCUGAUCUAUCAUACGGGGAAGCUGAAAUGCUCUCUCAGAUGGAAGAUGACGACUUGAAAGCUGCAAUAGCUGCAAGUCUAAUGGAUUCCGCCCCAGCGUCGAGCAAAUCUGAAGCUGUAGCUUCUUCACAAGAUGAAAACGAAAGCAGCAAAAAUAAAGUUGAAUAAGAAAGAUUCUCAAUAAGAUUCUUUAAUUUAUCAUCUAAUGGCUGGAGAAGACAAUCAUCCAUGUUGGGAUUAAGUCGGUCAAACUCGCAUCCUUGGCACUAAAGUCAAUUGUAUUUUGGAGGGUAUACGUCUGCAUUUUGCAUCAUACUUUUUGCCUGAGUCUACAUUGAAGUUUAUUUCCACUGUAAAACUAAUAAAUUUCCCAACUUGCAAUGGAUGAUCAUAUUUUAUGGGUUUCACCAAUCAACCAUUGUUGUUAAGAGUUUCAUUUAUUGAUUUUGUCUCUCGUAAUGUCUGAUUAUCAAAGUUAUUAUUGGUGCAAUAAUAAUAUGGUGAAUUAAGAAAUUUUAAAUUUAUAAUCAA